CUCACACACACACAGCGACCAGUUGAAACGAAAGGAUCCUAUUCCGGCUGACUUGGAUUGGAGACAUGACCAAAGAGACUGAGACUGUGGGACUGGUCUUUCAGAGCGAGAACUUCAACUAUAACCGUUACAACAACUACGCCAUGGACUCCUGGUCUUACAUGGAGAGUCCGGUCCUGGAGCAGAACCACCCCAAACCCAGACUCCACCCAGGAGACGACCUGGCCGCCUUAACCAUGCUGUAUGAACAGUGCAAGAACCAGAAAGAUCAGAAGAGUGGUACCAGCAACCGCAUUGGCAACAUCUGCAAAACAGAGAGAAAUCUCACCAACACCAAUGAGCUCGUUUCGUUGGAGGCGUCCGCCAACGUCAUGAAGAUCCUCUCCGACGGCGUUCCCUUGAGCCAUCUCCAGGAGGCUUUGGGAUCCAAGCAGAACGCCUCACUGCCCAACUCCGCCCCCACCACCUCCGACACCUACGCCACCCUGACCAGCGUGGUGGCGGACACCUACGACAAGCAGGAGCUCAACAUCAUCUUCGACUCCCUGCUGACCGGCAGCUUCCCCGAUCCCAGCGCCGAGACUCUUCCCUAUAGCGAUCCCUUCCCGAAUGACCAGUCCAGCCCGGUCUACUCGGGCUCCUACACCGGCUCUCCACCAGAGAGAUUCAGGAAUGAGUUCCAGUUUUCCCUGGGAGCUCCUGUGGCUUCUUCCUACAAGUCCAGUGAGCUGCCCAUGGUUUACCUGAACAAAGGCCAGUUCUACCCCAUCACUCUGCAGGGAGUGGACAGCAGCGCCUGCCUCACCGCCACGAAAGUCAAGACCGUGGUGAUGGCCGUGUUCGAGAAUGACAAGAGCCCAGAAAUGCAGCUCCGCUUUUGGAAUCACUGGCACGCACGUCAGCCAACCGCCAAGCAGAGGGUCAUUGACAUCGCAGACUACAAAGAAGUGUUCAGCGGGAUUAGCAACGUCGAGGAGUUGGCCUUCAACGCUCUUUCCUUUGUCUGGAACCCCAAUGAAGAGGCCAAGGUUUACAUCGGCAUCAACUCCCUCAGCACGGACUUCUCGGCUCAGAAGGGAGUGAAAGGCCUUCCUCUGAAUCUGCAGAUCGACACGUACGACUUCAGCUCAGGAAACAACCAGCUGCUGCACAGAGCCGCUUGCCAGGUCAAGAUUUUCUGCGAUAAGGGCGCCGAGAGGAAGAUGCGCGACGAGGAGAGGAAGAGAAGCAAAAGGAGGGUGAAGCCCGACGCUAACGCCAACAAGUCUCAAGUGAGCAGCUCCAUGGGCAGCGACUGCACCUUCUUCAAGACCCUGGAUGACCACAUCACCCAGCCAGUUCUCUUCAUUCCAGAAACACACCUGUCCAGCUUACAGCGCAUGGCCCCUCCCAUGGACGAGAUUGAUAGGAGUUCUAUGAAGAGAUUGUAUCCAGGCAGAGAGCAGAUCAGCUCUGCACUCAGCAAACAAGCCUGCAGAGAAGACCCACAGAGAGUUCUGCUGUACGUGAGGACGCACACUGAAGAGGUGUUCGAUGCGCUCAUGCUCACUGCGCCGACACUGUCCGGCCUCCGGGACGCUGUUUCAGAAAAGUACGGUUUGCAGAAAGACACCAUUGGGAAAAUCUACAAAAAGUGCAAGAGGGGGAUUUUCAUCAACAUGGACGACAACAUCAUCCAACACUACACCAACCAGGCGGCCUUCCUCAUCGAGAUGUCCGAGGUCAGCAUCGGCCAGUUCCAGGUCACCCUCAUUGAAGUAUGAGAGCCAGCGUCCAAUCAGCCGCCUGCUCCUUGGAGAACGCAACGCAUUGCAGCUGCUGGUGUGAUCCAUCUCUAAUAGCACUGCCCAGUAAAGACAAUGUAAGCCGUGGACCAAUGAGAGACCUGGGCCCGAGAGAGAGAGAGAGAGAGAGAGAGAGAGAGAGAGAGAGCAGUUCUUCAGAUUUCGGUUUAAAAGGUCAAGUCAGUUUUCUGGAUGUUGUAAAUACCACUCGGCCCAUGAUUCUGUUAUUUGACAUGCAACGUAAGAGCAAUUAUGUUGAACAGCCUGUACAUAUAUAAUGUAAAUAGAAUUUAAUAUGACCGUGUUUUAUGAACUAGCCAUGUGCAUGUCGCAAAUCCAUUUUUUUCACAUAAUGCUAUGUAUUUCAAAUUUUUUUUUUACAGAGGUUGCUAGUCUUGCUGCUUUUAAUGUAUCUAUUAUUUCUUCUCCAAGAGCCAAUGGUGCGUUUCCCUAUACCCACAACCUACUUGUGAUGUUUUUUCACUGCUAUAAGUAUCUUCCUGUAGGUUCCUGUUAGUUUCACAACUUAAAUGGCCCGACGGCUUAAUUCAGAACCUAAAGUCAGACAUUUCCACCCAUUAAAAACCACACAUAACUUAGUAUUGGCCAUCAUAUAGUCCAGAGUUGUGGACAUUUCCUUCCUUCAUGGGACCCACAGAGUUUUCCUGGAAACAGUUCAAACCCCCCAAACCCUGAGGCCUCAUUGUAUGCGUGUGUAUGUGUGUAUUUUUUUCCCUUUUACGUUACGCAUCAUUUCAAAACAAGCAUGUAUCCCUACAAUAUUUCAUUAUUGUAUCAUGGCAAUUCUGGUUGUAUUUGUCACAUCUUGCCUCUUUUGUAAGAAAAUAAAGAAAAUGCAUAACCUA